AUGCAUGAAGACAACGUUUUGGAAGUUCAAACACAGAUGCUCGCUUCAGAGCCUGUUGUAAUGAACUGUGCCUCUGAAAAACAGGAGGCGGAACCACCACAUAUCAGACACCACCCUAUCUACUACAUUGAAAUGAUGACUAUCCAGGUGUGCCAUUCUUGCAUGAAUCGUUCAGUGAACAUGGCAAUGAUUGACCGUGGCUUGUACGACUCAAAGAUUGGUGGCGAUCUAUUUCGCCUUCCAAGUUAUGACUUUUCCUUCUUGAAGGAACGUUAUCCCGGUUCCACCAAUGUCGAUGACAGCGCGGUGAAUCUGACAGGCGUUAUUACUUCUCUAUCUUUCUGUAGGUUCCUGAUGGUUCUUUAUCCCAUAGUUGAAGUCCGAGCCAAUUACGAUGAAUGGGUGGACACAAUUAAACUGUCAACUCUAUGGGGAUUCAACAAGAUUCGGGCCCAAGGCGUCAAGGCCUUAAACCCUCUCGUAAAAGAGAGAAGCAUCACAGAGACAAUCCUUACAGCGAAAGCGCUUCGUGUGAGGCCCUGGCUUAUAGAUGCCUAUGAAACUUUGGCCAUAAAAGACACGCUCACGGAGGAGGAACUCCGUACUCCGUUUGAACUGGACUGGGAAACAAUUGCCAGGAUAUGUUUGGUGAGGCUUCAGAAACCAGGGACUACUACGAGUAGUAAUUCCCAGUCCAUGUUCACUGUGGCUCGUCCAAGGACCCAUUGUCAAUGGUGUGGUAUUCAAAGCAAGGCCCAUGGUUCACUCUUAAGAAGGCUCCAAUGUCCUUAUACAUGCCGAAAUCUUGGACUAAAUGGUAACGUCGACAUAAACUCCCGGCAGAUAUCGGAGGCUGGCGAUAGCAAUACAUCGCUGAGUGUAAGCUGGGUAAAAAGAGCGGUUGAGGAGGUUUUCAAGAGUGAAUUGAAUAGCAUGGUGUUUGAAUGA